GCCCCCACUCCGCGCUCGGGAGCGAGGAGUCGCCAGCGCCCCCGCCGCGCCGCCGCCGCAGCGCCCUCCGGCCGCCAUUCGCCACCGAAACUUUCCAGCGCCCGCGCCCUCUCCGGGACUCGGCGGCGGCGGGGCGGGGGCGGCCCGGGGGCGGCGCGCGGCUGCUCCGGGGCGCCGGGCCCUCUUCGGCCGCCGCACGGCCGGGGUUCGGCUGCCGGCCGGAGGGAGGUUCGGAGCGCGGCCGGGCGCGCGGCGCCGCCACAAGUUGCGCUGUUCGCGGUGAGAUUUCUGUGAGGGUGGAGGAAAUCAUAUCAUAUUAGAUGCCUCGCAGAGCACCAGGCCCACCGUGAAAGGCUGGUCCCCGCAGACGCCUUGCCAUUUCUGUGACCGGAUGCUGGGAAGCCUGCUGGUCAACAGGUCCACACAUGAAGUCAUCAUAAGGAGCCCUGGCCUCCUUGCAGAAACAUCGAGGUGACAUGUAGCAUGACCGAGCUCGCUGGCGCCUCUUCAUCGUGCUGCCACCGCCCUGCAGGAAGAGGGGCCAUGCAGUCAGUCUUGCACCACUUUCAACGUUUACGAGGGAGAGAGGGUGGCUCCCACUUCGUCAACACCUCAUCGCCGCGAGGUGAGGCUAAGAUGAGCAUAACCAGUGAUGAGGUGAACUUCCUGGUGUAUCGGUAUCUCCAGGAGUCAGGUUUUUCCCACUCGGCUUUCACAUUUGGGAUUGAGAGCCACAUCAGCCAGUCCAACAUCAAUGGGACGCUGGUGCCACCGGCCGCCCUCAUCUCCAUUCUCCAGAAGGGCCUGCAGUAUGUAGAGGCCGAGAUCAGUAUCAACGAGGAUGGCACAGUGUUCGACGGCCGCCCCAUAGAGUCCCUGUCACUGAUAGAUGCUGUGAUGCCUGAUGUGGUGCAGACGCGGCAGCAGGCAUUCCGAGAGAAGCUCGCUCAGCAGCAAGCCAGCGCGGCGGCAGCGGCGGCAGCGACCGCAGCCACCACGACCUCAGCCAGCGUUUCUCAGCAAAAUCCAUCGAAGAACAGAGAGGCCACGGUGAAUGGGGAAGAGAACAGAGCACAUUCAGUCAAUAAUCACGCGAAGCCAAUGGAAAUAGAUGGAGAGGUUGAGAUUCCAUCCAGCAAAGCCACAGUCCUUCGGGGCCAUGAGUCUGAGGUGUUCAUUUGUGCCUGGAAUCCUGUCAGUGAUUUGCUAGCUUCCGGAUCCGGAGACUCAACUGCAAGGAUAUGGAACCUGAAUGAGAAUAGCAGCGGGGGCUCCACCCAGCUCGUGUUGAGGCACUGUAUACGAGAAGGGGGCCACGACGUCCCAAGUAACAAAGAUGUCACCUCACUGGACUGGAAUACCAAUGGAACACUCUUGGCUACAGGUUCAUAUGACGGUUUUGCAAGAAUAUGGACGGAAGAUGGUAACCUGGCCAGCACCUUAGGCCAACAUAAAGGCCCCAUCUUUGCCUUGAAAUGGAACAGAAAGGGGAAUUACAUUUUGAGUGCUGGUGUAGACAAAACAACAAUAAUUUGGGAUGCCCACACAGGAGAAGCCAAACAGCAGUUUCCUUUUCAUUCGGCCCCUGCCCUUGAUGUGGACUGGCAGAACAACACGACCUUCGCCUCCUGUAGCACAGACAUGUGUAUCCACGUGUGCAGGCUCGGCUGUGACCGCCCAGUCAAAACCUUCCAGGGACACACAAACGAGGUCAACGCCAUCAAAUGGGAUCCUUCUGGAAUGUUGCUGGCCUCCUGCUCGGAUGACAUGACAUUGAAGAUCUGGAGCAUGAAACAGGAGGUGUGCAUCCACGAUCUUCAGGCUCACAAUAAAGAGAUCUACACCAUCAAGUGGAGCCCCAACGGGCCCGCCACCAGCAACCCAAACUCCAACAUCAUGUUGGCAAGUGCUUCGUUUGAUUCUACGGUGCGACUGUGGGACAUAGAGCGAGGCGUCUGCACCCACACGCUCACGAAGCAUCAGGAGCCCGUCUACAGCGUAGCUUUCAGCCCUGAUGGGAAGUACUUGGCCAGCGGAUCCUUUGACAAAUGCGUCCAUAUCUGGAAUACUCAGAGUGGAAAUCUCGUCCACAGCUACCGAGGCACUGGCGGCAUCUUCGAAGUGUGCUGGAACGCCCGAGGAGACAAAGUGGGCGCCAGCGCAUCCGACGGCUCUGUUUGCGUUUUGGAUCUGCGGAAGUAAUCACAAAAUACCAUCGAAAACAGAAAAGAAUUCUAAUGACCAGCCAUGAAUGUGUAGGGUUGCAGCUCUGUUCUCCAAAACUGUACGAACUUGACUUGCGUUACAGUAUACUCUGAAACCAACUCGUCUCUGGCCGCAGGAGUCUAUAUGUUUUCGUAAUCUUCAUCAAGAAGUUUUUUAAAGGCAAGCAAAAACAGAAGCAAAUCAUAUCACACGGGGAGAGAAUGGUUUCCACUGAGGAUAUUCAGCCUGGGAAGCAGAAAGUCACCAGCUCGAGGCGUGUGGAUUGGUUUCCACCCGGAACAGGCUCUGUGAUGGCUGAAUGGAAAGAAAUGUAAAAAGCUGUGCCAAAAAAAAAAAGCAAAAUGCUGUGAUAAACCAAACAGGGAAGGGGGAAACCCUCCUCCUUGGGAUUUUUUUUUUGUUUUCCCUAACAAUUUGGACACUACAGUUGCUCUCACAAAGGAUGUUCAAAGACCAGUUUGUACCGAUGACAUGUGUAACUUUGUAAUCCCAACACUUUCUAUUUUCUAGAAUCUUCUUUGUUCAUUGGGUGGUUUUUCUAUCGGCUGGAAUUCUAUCUUCUGGGGGCCUUCCGUCUGAGAUGAAGCUGUCUUGGGCUUGUUGUUUCUUCCCUGUGUUGCUCCCUGCCCCUACCCCUGCCUUUCCACUCUGGUCAGCUCUGCUUUUUCAGUGCAGCCUCAAGAGACGCAGCCCAAUUCACAUGAAGACACAGUCUCCCAUGGACAGCUUUCCCCCUUCCGCCUUCUCCCACCCUCUCCUCCCCUCGCGCUCGCGCUCGCUUUCUCACUGGCGUGCUCGCCGUCUCUCCCCACCCACCCCAUACCUUUCUCAUAGUUGCUUCAGAUCUUAGGUCUCAAGGGCACUUUGGCGCGUAGUAAGUGCUUUAUGUAAGAAGGCAGGGCAGGGGGCUUUUUACAGGAGGAAAAAAAUGACUUAUAAGAGAAAGAGCCUGGAGUAUUUUUGGAAAAAAAAUAUUUUUAUGUUAAAACAGUUUUAAAAUCUUAAAAUGGCCAUCAGACAUAGAGAGCUUUGUGUGAUUCAUGUUUUCAAAAGAACUGAAGAAGCCACAGGCAGGGCCUGAGGGAGCCCCUGGCUUUCCCCUCAGCCUCAGGAAACGUGGUCAGGAGGACUCUGGCUGGACAACGGUCAGCCUUAGGGGUCAGCAGCGAGGUUGCACUGCAGCCAGUGAGGGAGGUCCCAGCCACGCCGCCUGGAAGAAGAACCUUGCAUCUUUUGGUGUGUACGCACCUUGGCAGCCAGCAGGAAAGCCGUGAAGAGCUCGGCUGGAUUAGGCGUGUUGGCUACGUCUUUCCCACAGCCGUAUAACGACCGAUGAUCAUUUCUCGAAGAGCAGGCUUGGCAAGUCCUUGCAGAGCUGACAUAGAGGCCCCCGCAUGUCACUUCGUCUAACGCUGACAGAAACGAAGGCAGAAGGAAGAUUUUCAGUUCCGAACAUGAAUUAUAGAGGUAGAACGUCGCUAAUAAUUUCUGCCAUCUUUAUAAUUUCUUUCUCUCACAGAAGACUAGGAGAAAGAUCUUUUUUUUUAAAUAAUCGAUCUUUUUGCUGUUUUUAAAAAAUUAAACAAGGCUUUGUGUUCCUAGAAGAGCUUCAUUUCAGUGAAUCUGGUGACCUUCAUCUGCUUGCUGUCAUAACCCGACACUGACUUAUUUUUUUCAUGAGCAAGGGGGAAAAGGCCGAAGGACAAGGGCCUCUUUUCCCAUUGGUUUUCCUGUGGGCAGAAGGGCUGAGGAAGCUGUCCCGGCCCGUGGGGGCUGCUGUGUCACCAGCAGUGGGUAGGGUGCAAUCUAGUGUGUGUUCCAGCAGCGAGAUGGUGUUACUGUGAAGGUGGCAUCCAUCUGCAGAGCCAAAACCCAGCCGUCAGGGAAGGGUCAGGGCUUCCUGUGGAACUUGGAAUGUGCCAGGACCACCUGCAAAAGCCAGGUUGCGUCGAUCAUUCUCAGAUCAUUGAUUGGCCUCCACUUGGGUUUGUGAAUUAUUCAUGCCCCAGAAGACCAAAAAGUGCCCUGGUUCUGAGAUGAGUAUCUUAUUCGGGCUGUUUCUGAAACGCUUAGCAAAGAGGGUCACAGUGAUGUGGAGUUGCCGCCCCCAUCUUUGAAGAUAGCCGGUGUCCCCGGAUGAGGUGAUUUCCCAUCCCAAGGACUCCGUGAAGUUUAGGGUACAGUUUGUUGGGGUCCGAACGCACUCAUCUCUGCAGAGCAUCUGCUGUCACAGGCCAGCCUGUCAUUAGACAUGGCUUGUGCUUGACAAACCAGAAACAACUGUGGGAUGGUGACGGUGGGAUGUGUUGCAAACAAUUCACUAGACAAUCUUCACAUGAAUGUCGGUAGCCAGGGUCUCUCCCAAGGGAUGGGUUUAGUCUUGAUGAAUGUAAACCACGUUGGAAUUGUUAGGUAGAAACCUGGGCUGGGAGGCCUCGGACCCCAGGCUCCAUCCCUGGCUUCCCCAGCCUGCAGCUGCAAGCAAAAUCAAGCAUGAGAUGCAGCUAGCAGUCACAUCCAUCCCCGUUCUCAGCAGGAUGACACCAUGGACAGCCGUUUCCGGAGCCUCCAGCGUUUGCACACCACUACUUAGCCUCUCUGCUGCUGGAAUGUUGAUAGAGUCAUCCCUGUAAUCAAGAAAUGGCCUGUGGAAUGUUAUUGUUCAAUGUUGUUUACAGCUCUUAAAACAUGGUGAGGAAUGCCUAAGUCUUAGUGACCAAACUUGACCUUGAAAGCAGACAUAGCAUGACAGACCUUCCUGGAGUCUUUGGUUGGGUUCAAAGUGACCGAGAGUCAGGUCCAGCACACACCUGGGAAAGGGAUGCUGCCCCAAGGGGGACCAAAAGGGCCGGACGUUACAGGGUGAAACCCUCUGACCCCUCGCGACACCGUAGGACUUGACUUUUGUUUAGUCUUUCUAAGAAAUAGAUCAUAGAGCCAAGUGAAGUGCACUUUGUCAAAUGUAAGGGUCUGCUUUGUUCUUGUUGCUUUUCUCUUUUGUAACCUUUUGUUCUGCCAUUUAAAAAAAAAAAAAAAAAAAGCUUAUGUUUCUUGUCAAAUGCAGAAAUGUUCCUUCCGCCACUCACUGAAGUUUUGCAUUCUGGCUUGUGCAGUUUUUAUUGUCUGUGUCAGACGUACAGCCAGACGUGUUCUCUAUCGGCAUUUUUCCUAUUCUGUUCAGAUGACAUCGACCACCGUUUCAUUCCCCCCGCCGCCUGUACUCACCCUCACGCUCUUUGAAGAAAAAAAAAAAUCACCUUGCGUGUUGUAGCUCAUUUGUUUCAAGAGAGAAUCAACAGAUCAUAUUCAGUGUCUUGAAUAAAUUGCUCUAUUUUGAUAUUAGA